AAUUUCUGUCGGUCGGAAGUUUAAAAUAAGGAAGAUUGAGAAAAAUGGUGGGAUACGUGAGAUAUUUGUUUGCCAUAAUGAUCUGCAUCGCGAACAUGAUUGUCUACGGGUUGAAGGUGAACAUAGCCGUAGCUGUCGUCGGCAUGGUGAAAUACAGAGAAGAGAUAUCAGACGCGUCGGACGAAUGCGAUUUUGCUCCUAUAGCAGAGGUGAUCGAUAUAGAGGGUCCAUUCGAAUGGACUUCGACGCAGCGUGGCUUGGCCAUCAGUAUUUACUUCGCCGGUUAUCUGGUAGGAAUGUUCCCAUGCGGAUAUUUCGCGGAUCGCUUCAACUCGAGGAACGCCCUGCUGAUCUGCGUAUUUGGGAACGCGGUUUUGACACUGAUAGUACCACUGGUCGCGCCCGUGUUGUGGCUACUUUACGUAACGAGAUUCGUGAUGGGUGUGGUGAGCGCACCGAAUCUUCCUAUAGUUGCCAUCAUGGUUGGGAGAUGGGUCGUUUACGAGGAGAAGAGUUUGUGGUUCGGUAUUAUUUAUUCCGGAACGUCGAUCGGCACCGUGAUCUCUAUCCUGACGUCAGGAAUGAUACUGCACGCCCUCGGAUGGGAGGCGGUGUUUUACAUACACGGUGCCCUCUCGUUGAUCUGGUGCGUUGUCUUCCUCGUGUUCUUCCGCGAAAGCCCGGAAACGCAAUACUAUAUAUCGGAGGAGGAGAGGCACUACAUAGUGACCUCGUACGGGCAUCGUGGCCUUGAAUCGGUUCACAUGAAAGUACCGUGGAAAGCCAUUUUCACGUCGGUCCCGUUUCUGGCCCUGAUUUACACCAACACGUUCGGAAACUUUGCUUGGUACUUCUUGCUCACACAGCUGCCCAUGUAUAUGAACAAGAUUCUGAGAUUCGAUAUUCAAUCCAACGCAGUUCUAAGUUGCUUGCCGUAUCUCUUGGCCGCAAUAAUGAAUCCGAUCUUGGGAAGGAUACUGGAUUGGGGCAGACUGAAGAAUUAUUGGGAUCAAACCGGUGGACGAAAGAUCGCGGUGGGGAUGAGUUGCAUCCCACCGAGUCUUUUUCUGCUUAUAAUCGCUUAUAUCGGUUGCUAUCGAGUAAUUGCCGUCAUACUGUUGAUGCUUAGCGUAAUGUUAGGAGGUUCCAUUUUUGUCGGCCAUCUUGCCAACCACAACGACUUGGCGCCGAACUAUGCUGGAAUUUUAAUGGGUAUUACGAAUACUCCAGGAACUAUUUCAGCGUUUCUUUUGCCUGCCAUAGUGGGCGCUCUCACGGAAGCUGGGCAUACUAUGGCACGAUGGAGAGUCGUGUUCUGGAUAACAGUUAUUGCACAAAUGUCUGCAUUUGUUGUGUUCACCAUCUUUGGAUCGGCAGAGAUUCAAGAAUGGAAUUACUAUGGGGUAGAAACGGAAGAAAAUUAG